UUGCCGGGAAAUCGUCGUAUCCGCCAUCAUGCCACCGAAGAAAAAAGCAGCAAACGAACCAUCGAAGAAAACCGAUCAGAAAAAGAAAGAAAAGAUAAUCGAGGAUAAAACUUUUGGCCUUAAGAACAAGAAAGGCAAGAAACAGCAGACCUUCGUAAAACAUGUGACUCAACAGGUGAAAUUUGGUGGAAAUCCCAGUGCGAGGAAGCUUGCCCAAGAGCAGGACAGCAAGAAAAAGAUUUCAGAACAGAAAAAGAAGGAACAAGAUGAUUUAAAUCAGCUUUUCAGGCCUGUUAUUGGGCAAAAAGUGUCUGCAGGUGCUGAUCCCAAGUCAGUAGUGUGUGCAUUUUACAAACAAGGCCAAUGUUCCAAAGGUGACAAGUGUAAAUUCUCUCAUGAUAUCACCUUGGACAGAAAAGGGGAGAAGAGGAGUCUGUAUGUCGAUGCCAGAGAUGUAGAGGAGGAUGAGCUCAAAAAUGAUACCAUGGACAAGUGGGAUCAAAGCAAAUUGGAGGAAGUUAUUGAGAAAAAGCAUGGCGAAAAGGAGAAGUCAAUGCCCAAAACAGAAAUUGUCUGUAAAUAUUUUCUGGAAGCUGUUGAGAAAGGACUCUAUGGUUGGUUCUGGAGUUGUCCAAAUGGACCCAAAUGUAUAUAUAGACAUGCACUGCCACCAGGCUUUGUGUUGAAAAAGAAACAGGAAAAGGAGAUAAAAGACGAAAUAUCAUUUGAGGAGUUCAUAGAAACAGAGAGAGCAAAACUUGGUGGAAAUCUGACAAAGUUAACAUUAGAAACAUUCCUCGAAUGGAAAAAGAGAAAGUUAAAAGAAAAGAAAGAGAAAUUUGAAAAAGAGCAAGCAAAGAAAAAGGAUGACUUUAAGUCUGGUAGAAUUGUUGGAAAGGUGAGUGGUCGUGAAGUUUUCUUGUUCAAACCUGAGCUGGUGGAGGCUGAUGCUGAUGAUGACGAGGCUACAGAAGAUAUGAGCAUUUACAGACGAGCAGAUGAUGGGGACGAAAUUGGUGAGGGUGCACCAGCCAGAGAGAUAACGUUAGAAGAAAUGAGCAGUGCCGCAAAGGAAGUCGACGGCACUGGUACAGUAGAUGUGUCAAGUAGCGCUGCUGAGAGAUUAAAAACCAAUCAAGCCACAAGCGAAACUCUCAACGAAAAUUCCGCUCAACAGACACCCGACACGAGUAACGCCGAUGAAAAUGGUCUCGACGAAGCUUGCGGCGGAGCAGACUCACCGGAAGGAGACGUGGACGCUGCCCUCGUUAAUGGAGUACCUAUUGAGGAGAGUUUGUUCGAGGAGGACGAUAUUGACGACCUAGAGCUUGAAGAUCUCGAAGUUGUCGAUUGACGACGUCAUAAAACUCUUCAAACUUCGAAAUCGCUGAGAACCAUCACUGCUGGAUCCGGAAAUCCUAUAGAAUCUCCUUGAAGGCAUUAUCUGGCAGUGAUUACAUAAUGGUCAACAGAGCCUGGCAGAAAUAAAUUGUCUCAAUGAAACUUAGCAAUUUGGGAAUAGACAUCUGUAACAGAAUUCGAAUCUAGUACUAUUUCCCUUUGGAAUGAAAAGGCCUGGGAGCUAAUAGGACUUGUACCCAGGACUUCAGGUUUCAAAGAUAAAGGUUUGGGAAGACUGCCAUCUUGAAAAGGGGCCAUCGGAAUGACUGCGGCCAGCUACACUGAAUCAGUUGAUUUACAUUCCAUUACCCGGCCCUGUCUCGAAAAUGCCUACUAGGACAUUCUCAAAUUUAAUGAAUCACAUGUUAGCUAAAUGACCAACAUUCUUUUACACGAACGCGUUUGAAACGCGUUCAAUUGCGAGGCGACUAUGAUAAAUACUGUUAUUUUUGUAGCCGAGAGGAGAAAAAAGGCGGUCGAUGAAGAUAAUUUCAUUAACUGCGUUCCUUCAGUGAUACCGAAGGGAAUUUUAAACGCGUCUCCCUCUUAUGAAAUUCUUGCAAUAAAUCAUCUCUAAACAGAA